AUGGAGGCUCUCCUUAAAUGGAAGGCCAGCCUUCAUCAGAAUAACAAUUCCCAGCUACUACUCCCUUCAUGGAGGAAAUUGGCAAACGGAAGCAGCAACAACAAUCCAUGCAAGUGGGAGGGAAUUACUUGCAAUGACGCUGCAGGAGUGGUCACCAUAAUAAACCUCGGCAGCAUGGAUUUGCAAGGUCUCGGGAAUAAUCAAAUAAUUGGAUCAAUUCCCAUGGAGAUAGGAAACUUGACGAAGCUCCAAGUGUUGAUGAAUAUGUUAUCUGGAUCCAUUCCACCUGAACUUGGGAGGUUGGAUUCUCUUGUUCAGCUUGAUUUGUCCACAAACUAUUUGACAGGUUCAAUACCUGCUUCUUUAGGAAAUUUGGGGAAGCUAAACUACAUGUACCUCUAUACAAAUAAAUUCUCUAGUUCCAUUCCCAUGGAAAUUGGAAACCUGACCAAUCUCUAUGACCUACAAUUGUCGGAUAACUCUCUGACAGGUUCCAUCCCUCGAGAAAUUGGAAACUUGAGAUAUCUUGGCCGACUUUAUUUGAAUGAAAAUAGUCUCAGGGGUUCACUUCCUGCUUCUAUUGGAAACAUGAGAUCUUUAUCUAUACUUAUUUUGUCAAGCAAUAGUCUCAGUGGUUCACUUCCUACUUCUUUUGGAAAUUUGACCAAUCUUGUUGGUAUAUUCCUUUUGGAUAACCAAUUAUCCGGUCAAUUACCUCAGGAAAUCAGCAAUCUUACAAAAUUGCAACACCUGCAGCUUGGAAAUAACUCUUUUACUGGGUCUUUACCACAACAUAUAUGUAAUAGUGGGUCACUCAUAACAUUUUCUGCAGAUGCUAACCAUUUCAUAGGCCCGAUUCCCAGAAGCAUGAGAAACUGCACGAGCCUAACCAGACUCCGUCUUGACAAUAACCAUCUUACGGGAAACAUUUCAGAAGUCUUCGGUGUUUACCCGAAUUUAACUUACAUUGAUCUUAGCUCCAAUCAAUUGUCUGGUGAGGUUUCAGUGAAUUGGGCCCGAUUCCAAGAGAAUUGGGGAAACUUAGCUCUUUGA